UCUCUCUCUCUCUCUCUCUCUCUCUCUCUCUCUCUCUCUCUCCUCGCCGGAGCCGAUGGAGAGGAUCCACGUCGCCGUCCGAGCGCGGCCGCUAUCGCCGGAGGACGCGAAGAGCAGCCCUUGGAGAAUCGCCGGCGACUCCAUCCACCUCUCCUCCAACCAAUCCACCAAAUUCGAAUUCGAUCGGAUCUUCGGGGAGGAGUGCAGGACCGCCGACGUCUACGCGGCCCGGACGAAGGGCAUCGUCGCAUCCGCCGUGCGCGGCUUCAAUGGUACAGUUUUUGCAUACGGACAAACUAAUAGUGGUAAAACAUAUACAAUGAGAGGAUCUGCUGCUGAACCAGGGAUUAUUCCUCUCUCCGUGCAUGAUUUAUUUCAUAGUAUUCAAGAGGAUGUAGAUAGGGAAUUUCUUGUUCGCAUGUCGUACAUGGAGAUAUACAAUGAGGAAAUCAAUGAUUUACUGGCCCCGGAACAUCGGAAGCUACAAAUUCAUGAGAACCUUGAGAGGGGUAUAUAUGUUGCUGGUCUGAGAGAAGAAAUCGUUACCUGCCCUGAACAAGUCCUUGAUCUUAUGGAGUUUGGAGAAUCUCAUCGUCACAUUGGAGAGACAAACAUGAAUCUCUAUAGUAGUAGGUCUCAUACUAUAUUUCGCAUGAUAGUUGAAAGUCGAGAAAAGGUUGAAGACAAUGACUUGGGUGACUCUUGUGAUGCAGUUCGUGUAUCUGUUCUUAAUUUAGUGGAUUUAGCUGGAUCAGAACGUGCAGCGAAGACCGGUGCAGAAGGUGUACGCUUAAAGGAGGGUUCUCAUAUUAACAAAAGCCUAAUGACACUUGGGACAGUCAUUAAAAAAUUAAGUGAAGGUGCCGAGAGCCAAGGGGGUCACGUGCCUUACCGGGACAGCAAACUUACGCGUAUUUUGCAGCCUGCUCUUGGUGGUAAUGCCAACACGGCCAUCAUUUGUAACAUAACUCUUGCACAGGUUCAUGCUGAUGAGACAAAAAGUAGCCUCCAGUUUGCAAGUAGAGCUUUGCGUGUUACAAAUUGUGUUUGUGUGAAUGAGAUUCUCACAGAUGCUGCUUUGUUGAAGCGCCAGAGAAAAGAAAUUGAAGAGCUUCGAGCAAAAUUGCUGAGUUCUCACUCAGAGCACUGGGAAGAAGAAAUUUUGAACCUACGAAACACACUGUUGCAGAGUGAGCUUGAGAAGGAGAGGAUUGCUUUAGAGUUGGAAGAGGAAAAGAAAGCUAAAGCUCAUCGGGAGAGGAGAUUGCAAGAGCAGGCAAAGAAAAUUGCAAAUCUCAGUUCAUUGGUUUUAUAUUCAGAAAGGGACGAGAAGGCUGCAACCCUAACAAAGAAUAAAAGAAGGGUAACAUGGUGUCCAGGACCCUCCUCGAAUCAGUUAAUGGAUGAGGUGUUCACUUAUGAUAAAGUAGCUAUGGCAAGAGAAUCUACCGGACAUGAGCGACGCAGGGGCUUGCUACCACCUUUUGAAAAAUUGAUGCAAGAAAAUGAGAUUGCUGAGGAUGACCUUUCGGAUAAAGAUACUGAGGAUAUUUUUCUUCCUGAUGUGCGUUCUCUCUUGCAUGUUACAAACAGAAGAAAAAUAAAUGUCAAUGCGACUGAUUCCUUCUUGGAAAAUGAACAGCCGGUGAACCAAUCAGAAAUUGUAGAUCAAAACCUAGAAGAUUAUGAUACCCAGAAAAAACCUGGGGAUUUUGAAUCUGAAGUGUCAACAAUUAAAUUGGAGUUUGAACACACUCCUGGAAGGACUAUCUCUUCCAUAAGCCGAAAAAAUGGAAGAAAAAGCUUAACUAUGAGAGAGUCAGAAGCAAUCCUCGUGAUCAAGCAACUCCAGGAUCAGAUUAAAUCAUUAGAAAUGGAGAAGGCUUCAAUUCAAAAUAGUUUGGAUGAUGUUCUUGAGUUAGCAACUAAACAAAACCUCUCUUUCAAUGAGAAGUAUGAUGAGCUCCACCAAGAGGCUCUAAAGGCACAUGAGGAGGCUAGACUUGCUUGUGAGCAACUAUGUUCAGUUGCACCUGAAGAAUCUUAUGAAGAACUUGCAGCUGGUCCCUCCACUUUAUUAACGGAAAUCGAUAGCGUAGUACUACACGUUGAUCAAUCAAGACAGACUGUUGACGAUGUUCUAUCUUUUGUUGAAGAGCUCUUCCAGUACUUCUCCAACCUUUCAGAGAUGUUACUGGAACAAAAAUCAUUUGCUUGCCAAGAUAUGAUACAACUAAGAUCCAUCAUCAGUGGACAUGAGAAGAUAAACGACUGCAUGAUGAAAAAAAUUAAUGAAGCUGUGUUAGAGAAGAAGUUUUUACAUGAUCAGUGUGUGGAUUAUCAGAAUGAAACUCAGAAGCUGAAGUCCAAUCUAGACUACUCUGAAAAGGCUAUGGCUGAGCUCAACCUUCAACAUGACUUGGAGAAGGAUAGCAUCUGUUGUCAACUACUCAAUCUUCAGAAGGAAGUUACAUCCAUGUCAUCGUCUUCUUUAAUGAAGGAAAAGGAAUCUCUAAGAAAGGAGCUGGAUAAAACAAAAUCAAAGCUGAAAGAAACUGAGUCCAAGCUUAAGAAUUCCAUACAAGACAAGAUAAAACUCGAGAGUGAGAAAGCGCAGGCGGAACGAGAAAUAAAGCUCUUGCAUAGCCAAAGGGCUAUUCUUGAACGCGACAUUAGGAAACGUGAGUCUCUAAUUGACAAAAAGCGUGAAUCAAAAUUACCUGACUUUCACAAGCCAAAGGAACAUACUGGGGUGGUUGACCAAGCUCUUCAGGAUGAUUACGAAAAGCUUGAAGUUCGUGCUUUCGAGAUGGAAGCUGAGAUAGGUUCUCUGCAAGAUGCUUUAAUCAGCACGAUUGCAGAGAAAGAAGAAACAAUUGCUAGGAAUGAGUUCUUGUGCUCAGAACUGGAAACUUUUGCAGACAAGAUGAGUUCAGCAGAUUUUGAAAUAAAUUCCUUGAAGGAAGAGAUCUCUAUGUUGAUGCAAAAGUUGGCUGCAUCUGAAUCCUCUGUUAGAAGUUUGGAAGGAUCUCUCAAUACCUCAUCAAAAGAAAAAGAAGAAAUGGCAUUGCAACUUACAGAUGCCCUUCUAGAAAUGGAGGCUGAAAAGUCAACUUGGUUAACCAAGGAAAAAGCUUUCAUUGAGGCCAAUGAAAGGGUGAAGAUAUCCAACAAUGAGAUAUGCAGGUUAUCAGAAGAUCUACGGGAGGCAAGGCGUGAGCUGGAGUCAUGCAGAGAACAAUGUAGAGCUCUUGAAGAAAGAUUGAUGAUCUACAGCGAAAAUGCUGAAAGAGAGAAAAGUUGCAAUGCGCUAAGUUCUUCUGAGGUUCCUCAGCAAAGAAACGAGCAUAACACUGAUGAAAGUGUCGAGCGUGAGAAUGAAAAGUCUGGAUGCCAAUCUUGCAUGGAAGUUCAUGAUCUGCGGGAGCAACUUAGUGUUCUUGCUGGAGAAAGAGAUAGAUUAUCUUUUCAACUGAUGCAGAUGGAUACAAAAUUAGGUUUGCUGAACAAUUAUGAGGAUAUUCAGAAUCAACUUCUGGUCAUGAUCAGAGAAAGAGAUGAUUUGCAGUCUAAAAAUGACCAGAUGAAUACUGCAAUAGAAGGAGCAGAAAUUCUAAAGAAAAGAUAUGAUGACAUGCUUUUGAAAGCAAAAAGUGACUCGGAUGAAUUGUCCAUGAAGAUCUCCAGCCUGGAAGAAAAGAUGCAUAAUGAUGCUUCGAACUACAACAAGGAGAGAACAAAGCUCCGAAUACGGCUUUCGUCAACGCAGCAAAAGAUGGACACUUUUCGCGGAAGAUAUGAAGAGGCAAUAAAUGAAAUGAGCCUUAUGAACCAAAAGUACCAAGAAGCCUCUGCCAAGCUGAAAAAGCAACUUGCGGCGUACGGAGUUGAAAUACUUAGCUUGAAGAAGCAGCUCUCCGACCAAAGAAUCGUUCUUGGUGCAUGCGCCAGCGAAAAAAAGGAUCCUUAAUCUCACUCUAUUGUACUAUUUAAAAUUUCGUGCCCAAAUUGGCGUAAAUGUACAUGCUUUACACUAGCGCCUGCAAAUACCAAAUUUUUGUUGUUGUUGUUGUUGUUAAACAGCAGUAUCAUAAUGUAUGGUUUUAUAAACAAAACGCAUCGUAGAAAUGAUUCUUAGUUGAUGCUCAAA